UCGUGGAGCAAGUAGAAACGCAGCGCGAGUCCCUAAAGGAGAUCGAGACUCAAGUGGAAGCCUACCGCACCGCCGGGCGACCGGAAGCCGCCGAGCGUCUGCACCACCAACUGGACUUACUGCGUCGUCAGUUGGAAGAGUGCGUCGAGCGCCUCUCCACUCUGGGCACUCCCUCGCCCGGCGGAGAGGACAACAGCCUCGAGGGCCGGCUGUCCCGCGCCACGCGCACGUUGCGCGGCGUGCAGGCCGGCGCCGACCGCGAGCUGGCGCUCAGCUCGGCGCAGCCCGACGCCGUCCGCGCCGUGCUGCGCCGCUGUCUGAAAUUCUACCGCACUCUGAGCGAGAUCAAGUCCGAAGUCGAGUCGGUGAUCAAAACUGGCCGCAAGAUGGCCGAAGAGGAGGACGGACGCGAACUGUCACCCCGCAUCGACGCCCUAAAGGAACUGUACAACCGGCUCGGCGCACAAGUCACCGAGUCCAAGACUAGGUUGGAAAAUGCCUUGCUAACUGCCAGAGAGAUACAUAACGAUCUAGGGGCCUUAGGGGCCUGGCUAGACGGACUAGGAGCCGGCGUCGGCCGCCAGACCUUAGAGCUCGAAAUGUCCCGUAUGGAAGCCGUUAAAGACAAACUGAACGCCAACCACCGCGAGUACGCCAAGAGCUGCGACCCCGCCAGCCUCGCAGAGCUACGCGAACAAGUAGAUGAAAUCAAUGCGCGAUGGGAGCGAUUGAAAAAACACGGAGUAACCAAAGAUGAUAGCUCUCCUCAGAAAUUCUUAGAUGAUGUCGCGCGAGAGCUAGCCAGCCCGGCGACCCUAACAGAUGCUAAAUUACGCGCGUUGGAUGGAGAACUACGCGUGCGCGCCAACGAUAUCCGUGCGACGAACGAUCCAGCCCUCGUCAAGCAACUGGAUAAAUUGAUUGCCGACGUCGCGGCGCCGCGCGGCUACGAGCGCGUGUCCGACACCGUGAAGCGGCGGCUCGAGCCCGCGCCCUCCCCCCCCGCCGCCGCCGCCGCGCCCUCCCCGCAGCCCAAGCGCUCGCGGAUCCCGCUCGCACUGCGCAGCCCCGUGCCCGUGCGCCGGGAGCUGCAGCAGCGCGCCGGCUCCGCCCCCUCCACCCCCGUCACCCCUCGCCGCGACAGCAGCACCUUCAACCUACUCGCAGACAGCGAACUCUUCACGCAGAUAUCCCGAGACAAAGUAGAAGUCGAGCCGCCCCAGAAAGUCGAGCGACCGAAAGCGGAACGACCGACGCAUGUCGUAGCUGUUCGGGAGCGCGAGAUCGUCAAAGCCACUAUCGGUUCUGUCGAACCGGAGUCCGGUGAGGAGGCUCUACAGUUCAUCCCGCGACGCGCCGAGGUAGUAGAGGUUGUAGACGACACUGUCGAGCCGGCCGAGCGGUCGCGUGAGAAACGCCCGUCUGUCGACCUCGGCACGGAGCCGAAAACGUUCGUCGUUGAAGUCAAAACUUUAGAGCACCGGAUGAAACCGACUCUAGGCAUACUGAAGCGCCGAAGCACCGAUGACGACAAACCUAAAUCGGUCAAGAUUAGUAUGGCCGCCCCUGAUGUCAUACCGUCAUUAGAACCUCAGGAAGGUACAAACACACCUCCACCGACACCCAUGGAUGGCGCAGUAGGCCAAUGCCCGUUGAUGUUCGAUCUAAGCUUGAGGCAGCACGCGGCACAGUUGAACCUUCGUAGGGAUGAAGUCAACGAGUAUCUGAUCCUGGAUGAAGUACCGAGAGAACAGCCGGCGUUGCCUGAACCUUCUGCUACUGAUGAGCUCGCCACACAUGUGCCUGAAACUACUCCUAAAGAGAAAGAGAGUGUCAUCAAAGAUGCUAACAAAGAACAACAAGUAGAAUCGUCUGAACAAGUUACCACAGAUGAGAUAGCCCAUGAGAUACCGCAGAAGUCCCCAGCUGAAUCAUCAGACGAAUUUAAUAAGAUACCAAAAGAGCAAUCUGAAGUCCCACACCUUGAGGACAAAUCUAGCGACGGUGCCGAAGAGGUCAUUUACUCUGAAGUCGAAGACAUGCCUCAGUCCCGAAGUUCGGCGGAGCUGCCGUUGUGCACGUCCACGCCGCUGAAGGAGAUGCAGACGGACGUGCAGCCCAGGAGGGAGAGGGACAGCAAGAGCCCCAGCCCGCGACGGUCGCAUAUUCCGUUGAGUCGGGAGCGCCUGCGCUUGCAUACUGACCGACUGCAAGGAUCGGAACCUGAGUCGCCGCCAUUAUCCCCCGUGUCCGCCGGCUCUCGCGGCUCGCCCCCGCUCUCCCCGCUGUCCCCGCUGGAGGGCCCCGCCCCUGAUAGCCUGUUGGGGGCACUAGGUGCUGCCCCUGAUGAGGAACUUGAGGAGUACGAGGCAGCGGCAACUGCGGCUGCGAGAAGGAUGGACGUCAUGAUGGUCACUGUAGGGGCUGUCGACGCGGAAAAGGACCCCGGCAAGCGGCUUGAGAUCCUGAAGAACCAGCUAGGCGCUCUGGCGCCUGAGGCAGCCGCGUUGAUCUCCCGCGGCGACAGCCUAGUGUACGCUCGCCAUGCGACCAGUCCUUUACUGGCAGAAUAUGUCCGUACUCACUCGGACAGGUUGCGGAAUAAAUGGGCGCAGGUCAUGGCCGAGAUCGAGGCCAAGAGGAACGUCGCCAUCAGAGCCGAGGACAACAUCAAAGAACUCAACACCCUCCUGGAAAGCCUGCAGCGCUGGCUGAAGCGCCUCGAAGGCGACAUCAAAGCUGAGCGCGGUCUCGUGAAGGAGGAGUUCCUCGAUCGGGAGGGCGAUGUCGAACGAGUGUCGGAGCUGUGUCGAGCUCUACGGGCAGCUAGAGUUGGAUAUCCGGAGAGAGCUGUGGCGGACUUAGGACAAGCAUGGACCAGAGCGAGACAGCUUUAUGAGGCCACUCACAAACCCAAGCGGGACAAGAAGGGCAAGAUCGACGCAAGCGAAGCCCUAUGCGGCGAAUACGUGACGCGCGCGAAUCGUUGUCGUGAACGUGUGGCCGCCGUCGCGCGUUUACUGCAGGCGCCGCCGCUCGGCACGAGAGAUUACGACGAAUUUCCUUUACAAGAGGAUGCUUUAGCGAAAGUGAAGUCGUCCAUCUCCGAACUGGAGGCCGUGGUGGCUGAAACCGAGAGCGUGUUCACUUCGCUCAACCAACAACCGAGCGACAACGCUCAAGCGACACGCGUGAGACGCAAACUACAAACCGAGUGGACCGCACUUCAGGACAACUACAAGGAGCGCCGCGAGAGAUGGACUCGCUGUCAAGCAGAAUGGGCAGCUUUAUACGCGGCGCUAGAAGCGUGUGGAGCCUGGUUAGACAACGCCGAGCGUUCAUUGCAGCAGGCCCGGAAUAGUCAAGAACCUCUUAAAGAUUUGAAACAGAAGCUCAGAGAUCUCGAACAGCAGAUGACUCUGCGUUCGACCUCCGUGUCGGCGGCGCGGGCGGGCGGGCGCGCCGUGCUCGGGGCGUGCGGCGGCGCGCUGGCGCGGGGCGUGCAGGACCAGCUCGAGCAGCUGCUGGCCAGGUGGCUCAAGGCGGCCGCCGACCUGCAGGCGCUGCAGCACAAGUACGACCAUACUAUACUAGAUGACAGCACGCGCCGUGCUCGGGGCGUGCGGCGGCGCGCUGGCGCGGGGCGUGCAGGACCAGCUCGAGCAGCUGCUGGCCAGGUGGCUCAAGGCGGCCGCCGACCUGCAGGCGCUGCAGCACAAGUACGACCAUACUAUACUAGAUGA